ACAUGCGGGAAAAGUUAUUAUCAAGUCCCUGUCACGUUGCUUUUGGAUAAUUUUUCUUGAAUUUAGAAUUUUUAAUUUUUUUGGGUUUUCUUGCAAAAUUAUUCAAACUUUGUUUGUUCAGACGGAGAAGAAGCUCGGAAAUCGGCCACAAUUCCAACCUAAACUUCAGUUUGUGACCACUGAACAAGUUAAGGAACGUAAGAAAGAAGUUGGUAGGACUCUUUCAUUAGAGUAUUUGGGAUUUUUAUUUUUUUUUCUCCCAUUUUUUUUUCCUUCUUCCAGUUUUGAAGACUGUGUUUUGGGAUUUGGAAUUUGGAAAUUGGAAUUCUUUAGUGGCAUUGAUUUUUUUUGAAAAUUUUUUGAUCUGGGUUUUGAUCAGGAAGGGUUUUGUCAACUUGCAUUGGGAAAAUUUGAAGUAGGGUAAGAAUUUGUGUAUUUGGUUCUUUUGUUUUCUGUGAGUUCUUGGUUGAUGUUCUUGUAGAUUGGGGUUCUACUACUGAAACAAGGUGUGGGAGAAUCAUUUCUGAUCAAAGUUCUAAUUUUAGGGUUUUUUUUUUUUUUUUUUUUUUUUGGUGUUGGUGUUGGAUUAGUAUUGAAUGAGAAUAUUGGAUUUGGAAUUUUGAUAGUUUUAUCAAGGGGUGGAGAGAAAUUGGACGAAAAUGGCAUCGCCUUCUCCAAAUUCUCCACCUUCCACUGCCACUCCACCAGACGCUUCUUCUACUGCAAGUCCACCGUCACCGGCGUUGACCACUAGUCCACCGCCAGCUCCCUCUUCAACGACUGCUUCACCUCCUUCUAACUCGUCGCCGCCGCCACCUCAAUCCUCUCCUUCUCCUCCGGCUUCGGGGUCAACCCCACCUCCUCAAUCCUCUCCGCCACCGCCUGUGGCUUCACCGCCGCCUACUCCUUCUCUAUCCCCUCCGCCACCUGUGGAGGCUUCGCCGCCGUCUCCGGUGUUAUCACCACCACCACCAACGAGUAGUUCUCCUCCGCCGCCUUCCCCUGUGGCACCGGUGGCCUCUCCAUCUCCACCUCCACCUCAAUCACCUUCACCGUCUCCGCCUGUUUUUGUCUCUCCACCUCCCCCAACUUCGGCAAACCCACCUGGAAAUUCUCCUUCCCCACCCAGUCCUCCCCCAAACUCGGCACCACCUCCGCCGCCUCCUGACACUCCCUCACCUUCUUCUCCUCCUCCUCCGCCUGCUGCUGCUCCUCCUCCAAGUAAUUUUACGAGUGGUACAGAUUUAGCACCGUCCUCAUCAGGAGGUUCAACACCCGGGCGGACGAGUCUUAGUCCAAGCACACCGGCAAGUACCACUCCCACUCCCAGUGGAGGUGGAAACACUGGUUCGGUGGUGGCAAUUGCUGUUGUAGUAAGCUUUGUAAUGAUUGCUCUUAUUGCGGGUGCUGCAUGGUUUGCAAAGAAACGAAAGAGAAAGGCAACCGUAUAUAGUGGUGGCUAUUUUAUGCCUUCACCAUUUGGCUCUUCUCAGCGGUCAGAUUCGUCCCUUGUCAAGGCCCAGUCUUCAGUUUCUCUUGUGGGAAGUGGCUCCGGCAGUGAAUUUAUGUAUUCACCAUCCGAGUCAAGUGGGUUAGGGAAUUCAAAAUCAUGUUUUACAUAUAAAGAACUAGAAGAGAUCACGAAUGGGUUCUCACCACGGAAUCUAUUGGGUGAAGGUGGAUUUGGUUGUGUGUAUAAAGGAUGCCUACCAGAUGGAAGAGAGGUGGCUGUAAAACAACUGAAGGUGGGUGGUGCACAGGGAGAGCGUGAGUUUAGAGCUGAAGUUGAGAUUAUUGGCCGUGUGCAUCAUCGGCAUCUGGUGUCACUGGUAGGAUACUGCAUAGCUGAGCAUGAGAGGUUGCUUGUUUAUGACUAUGUCUCAAACAACACCCUUUACUACCAUCUUCAUGGGGAUGGUAGGCCAGUAAUGGACUGGGCAACCAGGGUUAAGGUUGCUGCAGGUGCAGCUCGUGGAAUAGCGUAUCUCCAUGAAGACUGCCAUCCUCGGAUUAUUCAUAGGGAUAUUAAGUCUUCAAACAUUCUGUUAGAUAACAACUUUGAAGCUCAGGUUUCAGAUUUUGGGCUUGCGAAGUUGGCUCUUGAUACAAACACACAUGUAACAACACGCGUCAUGGGAACCUUUGGAUACAUGGCUCCAGAGUAUGCAUCAAGUGGCAAGUUGACUGAAAAAUCGGAUGUUUUCUCUUUUGGGGUCAUGCUUUUGGAGCUAAUUACGGGUCGCAAGCCUGUGGAUGCAUCUCAGCCCAUAGGAGAUGAGAGUUUGGUUGGGUGGGCUCGUCCGUUGCUCAAUCAAGUGCUUGAUAGUGAAAACUUUGAAGGUUUAGUAGACCCAAGGCUUGAAAAUAACUACGUACGAUACGAGAUGUUCAGGAUGAUUGAGGCAGCUGCAGCAUGCGUGCGUACUUCAGCUCCAAAGAGACCUCGAAUGGGACAGGUAACUAAUUCUGAAGUGCAAAUUGUUUACGUUACUUUGGGUUACAAGCUGAAUGGUGCACGAGUUCUUUUUUCCCCCCUUUCCCUCAGGUGGUACGAGCUUUAGACUGUAUAGGAGAGACCACAGAUCUAUCCAAUGGUAUGAGACCAGGAGAAAGCAAGCUCUUCGACUCCGGACAACAAUCUGCACAAAUCAGAAUGUUUCAGAGGAUGGCAUUUGGUGGUCCGGAGACUCAAGACUACAGUUCAGGUU